AUGCAGCAAGUCGUACCUGAGGAGCGAACAUCUCAAUCGGCACACCCUCAUCCUGAUCUCCUCAAUGCCCAUCUACGACGACACGAGAAGCGCGGCCAGGUCGCCGAGCUCGCGACGAAGUCCCAGUCGAACUCCACCUCCAGCCCUCCUCCGAUCGUGUCGCCCACCGCUGGGAAUAGCGGGCACGAGCAGUCGCCGGGAGAGCUCAAGUCCCCGACUGCCAGGGACUGGCAGUUCUCGCAGAACCAGCUUCACGACCCGCAGACCGUCACCGCGCCGCCCGUCGCAGCCACCGCUCCUGUGUCGAUGACUCAGUUUUCGAAUGCGAUCACCUUGCCCCCUCCGCCGGCCCAAAGUUCCGAUAACGCUCUGCUCUACCGCCCUGCGCAGCCCGCCGACGUUAUACCCCAGCAUCCUGUCUCGUCUGCCAGCAUCCUCCCGCACCAUUUGCCUCCACAACCGUUUGCGGCCGCGCCGGUGCUCGAUGACGAUUACACUUGGUUAUUUCACGGCGCGAGUCUCUUCGAUCUGCCGCCUGAUGACUAUCUUAACCUCCAUUUUGGCGGUAGCCUCGGCCCUGCCUCACCUACAGUAUUGCAAACCCUCCCCCCCUUUUCCUCUGGGUACGUCAUGCCGCUGACGGGCCUUGUUAGGGAUUUUAUUCCCAGCCUUUAG